GAUCACAAAACAGAUUAGACGUGAAAGUCAUACCUCUUUCUUGUCUAUAAAGAGAACCAGUUUCCCACUUUAGGCACUUCACACACUAGGGUACGAGAUGGGUCGGGCACGUACCAGACUGCCUAGUCUGUGCGUGAGUCGCGCCAUGGCUCGCGUUCGAGUUCGUUCCUGGACUCCAUGGUCCAAACCCACUUCCAAUUCCAUUCGACGUGGUGGGAAAAAUGAGUUUUCCGGCAAUGGCAUGGGGAAGAGCUUUAGCAGUAACGUGGAGAUGGGAUGGUGUGGAGGUGGGAAUAGGAUCAUGGUGGUGGUUGAUUCAAGCAUUGAAGCUAAGGGAGCUCUGGAAUGGGCACUGUCUCAUGCUGUUCAACCCCAGGAUACUCUACUUCUUUUUCAUGUGACCAAGUCCACCAGAUCAGGUGUAGAUUCCAGUAGGGACCUUAAUCAAAAGGCUUAUCAACUUCUCCAAUCUAUGAAAAACAUGUCCCAGAUGAAAAAGCCUGGGGUGCAAGUGGAGAUAGCACUGCAGCAAGGGAAGGAAAAGGGUCCAACAAUAGUGGAAGAAGCAAAGCAACAGAGGGUGUCACUGUUGAUCCUAGGAAAAAGAAAACAAUCAUCAAUGGUGUGGUGUGGGUUGGUGAAGUGGGCAACAGACAGGAUCUGCAGAGGUGUUGUGGACUACUGCAUACAAAAUGCUGACUGCAUGACAGUUGCAGUGAGGAGGAAGGGCAAGAAACUUGGAGGGUAUUUGAUUACCACUAAAAAUCAUAAGGAUUUUUGGCUUUUGGCUUAAUAGCUUUGUUACUUAAGAUAAUUUCACCAUGGAAACUUUGCCCUAACUGCAUGGAGAUGUGGUGAUUGCGAUAGAUGUUCAUAAGAAAGAGGGAAUUUGUGGGUUAAAGAAAAUUGUUAGUGGCAUUUCUACACUAUGUACUAGUAUUGCAGCGUAGAAUUCAUCAAAUUCUGGAUUGAUUGGAAAAAAAAAA